AUGAAAGGUGGUUUCCAGCCAUUACUCAGUAUUUCGCGUUCGUAUUAUCCUAUUGUAAUUCGGAAUCCAGAUAGAAUGUCUAGAAUAGCAAUUCGGAUUUCUAGCCUUCUUUAUGCUCCCGAUGGCCGGCGCACUUGCAAUAGCCACAACCUUCAAAAAGCAUUCAAAGGAGUACAAGGGUCCAGAAAUAGUGAAAUAAUGGGAUAA